AUGUCGACUGUGACGCGACGCCGACAUCGAAGAGAGCGCGUGUUCGCCCAGUACGCUGUUGUGAUGAUGGGACGGCAGCGUGUGUUCCGUGACCGCUUGAACCCUUUGGAGGAGUUCGAUGAGGACGAACUGCAGGAGCGCUUUCGAUUCGGUCGCGCGGGCAUUGUGUUCCUCGUCGACACACUGCGCCCGGACUUGGAGCGGCCGACGCGUCGCAGCCGCGCCCUCUCUGCAGAGCAGCAGGUCAUUGUCGCCUUACAGUUCUACGCCACGGGGAACUUCCUCAUCACCGCAGGGGACUACAUCCGUGUGCACGUCUCCACUGCUUCGCGGACUGUGAGGCGGGUGACUCAGGCCUUGGCACGUCGUGCCCAAGACUUCAUAGGGUGGCCAGGUGAAGCUGAGGGUCAUGCCUUACAACAGGCCUUCUUUGAGAUCGGCAAGCUGGCCGAUGGCGUUUACGAGGGCCUACUGCUUGGAGACAGCGGCUACACCUGCAAGCCAUGGCUGAUGACGCCCUUCCUGUCUCCGUCAUCAGCAGCGGAGGUCGCCUACAAUGCGUCACAUAGCACAACGAGGAGCAUCGUGGAACGGACAAUAGGCCAGCUCAAGCGGAGAUUUCAUUGCCUCCAUGCUGAGUUGAGGAUGCAGCCAGAGAGAUGCUGCGACAUCACUGUUGCCUGCUGUGUCCUGCACAACCUGGCCAAGACAUACCCCUGCAGCAUGCCAAGGACUGUCCUCCCCGAAGAGGUUCCCGUCGAGCCCGUGGCAGCGGGCCGUGAUGAAAGCAACGAGGCUCGGGAUGCCAUCGUCAGCCAGUUCUUCUGUUGA